AAAAAAACCAAUUAUACAAAAUGUUUUAGACUACAAAUCGCAAAAGUCAGUAAUCGUCCUCCAGUGGAGUUACUAGAAACGCUCCAUAUUACUGUUGGUAAUUGCAAAAUAAUACUCGGCAGAGUGUGAGUUGUCCACUCGUUGAGUAAUUCUUUCUCAGGCAGACUUGAAACAAUAAAUAAAUAAUAUACAUUUUUCAAAAUUAAAGCUACUGUUGUCAAUUUUCUUGUUUGCCUUGGUAACAUACAUACUACACAGUGCUAACGUAGUUGUGUCGUUGUGGUGAGUGGUAGUUGUGACGACUUAAUACCAAAAAAAAUGAGUGCUAGAGCCCCACGAAGACCUGGCACAGGCAAUAGUCAAACUUUAAAUGAGUGUGUGCAGGUGGUGGUGCGAUGUCGCCCCAUGAGCAACAAAGAACGUUCCGAGGGAUUUGAUGAGGUCAUUAGUGUCUACCCCACUCGCGGUGUUAUAGAGAUCUCCAACCAGACGGACACUCAGAAGGAACAACGUAAAGUCUUUACCUAUGAUGCUGUAUAUGAUUCAGGUGCCUCUCAGACUACUGUCUACAAUGAAGUGGUAUUUCCAUUGGUCAGUUCUGUUUUGGAAGGCUAUAACGGCUGCAUAUUUGCUUAUGGCCAGACCGGAACCGGAAAGACCUUUACCAUGGAAGGCAUAAGAGGAAACGAUGAAAUGAUUGGCAUAAUACCUCGCAGUUUUGAGCAGAUUUGGUUACACAUAAAUCGAACAGAAAAUUUUCAAUUUCUUGUUGAUGUUUCAUAUUUGGAAAUUUAUAUGGAGGAGCUGAGAGAUUUACUCAAACCAAACUCAAAAAAUUUGGAGGUGCGAGAAAGUGGUUCUGGUGUAUAUGUUCCCAAUCUACAUUCGGUUACUUGUAAGAGCGUUGACGACAUGAUGAAUGUGAUGAAAUUGGGUAACAAAAAUCGCACAGUGGGCUUCACCAACAUGAAUGAACACAGCUCGAGAUCUCAUUCCAUAUUUAUUAUAAAAAUCGAAAUGUGUGACAUUGAAACGAACACCAUAAAAGUGGGCAAACUAAAUCUUAUCGAUCUGGCUGGCAGUGAAAGGCAAAGCAAGACAGGAGCUUCAGCAGAACGUCUGAAGGAGGCCAGCAAAAUUAACUUGGCCCUAUCCUCGCUGGGCAAUGUUAUUUCGGCUUUGGCUGAAAAUUCUCCCCAUGUACCCUAUCGCGAUUCGAAACUAACUCGUCUCCUACAGGAUUCUUUGGGUGGUAAUUCUAAGACCAUAAUGAUAGCAAAUAUUGGCCCCUCAGCCUAUAACUAUAAUGAAACUUUGACUACCUUACGUUAUGCCUCUAGAGCCAAGGCCAUACAAAAUCAACCUAUUAAGAACGAAGAUCCUCAGGAUGCUAAACUCAAGGAAUACCAAGAAGAAAUUGAGCGCCUUAAGCGUUUGAUUGGCUCCAAGCAGCACGUCAAAGUAGAAAAACCCAUUAAGAAAAUUGUCAAGAAACCCAAGGAGCGCAAAGAGAGGCUGCACAAAGAUUUAACCGAAAGCAUACAGAUAGUGGGAGAAAUAAAUGAGGUGGUUGAUGUGGAGGAACCCGAAUCGGACAAGGAGAAUGAAGUUGAGGAGGAGGUGGCCAAAACCAAUGAACAAUUGGAGUGUGAACGCCUGGAGACCGCAAAGUUGGCAGCUAAAUUAAGCGAAUUGGAAUCUCAAAUGGUAAGAGGCGGCAAAAAUCUAUUGGAUACUUACAGCGAGAGGCAAAUAGUGUUGGAAAAGAAGCUAGUAGAAAUUGCCGAACGCAAAAAACGUGAAAUAGAAAUGCAACAAAAAUUGGAACUGCAAGAGGAGACCACUCUGGAAAUUCGUGGAACCGUCACUUCGCUGGAGCAGGAGGUGGAAUUGAAGAAACGCAAACUGUCCAAAUGUUAUGCCAAAUUUUUGGCCUUACAACAAGAAUUAAACGAUUGCAAAUUCGAGCACAAUCAGGAUUUAAGAGAACUGGAAAUGGCCCAAAAUGAAUUGGUCAAGGAACUUAAACGUCAGCUUUUAAUCAUAGACAAUUUUGUACCAGUGGAAGUUAAGCAAAGAUUGUAUACACAAGCCAAAUACGACGAAGAACAAGAGGAAUGGAAAUUCUCUUCGUUGCCCAUCUACAAUGAUGGUUCGUACAAUAGCAAACGUCCUGUUUCUCAUGCCCAAAGACGCCGACCCAUUUCGGAAUAUGCCCUGCUGGAAUCAAAAUCCAACACCAGCGAAGCCGGUUUGCGUUUUAAGAGCGAAAACAUAGUCUCUUAUGAAUUGGAAAUGCCUUGCCGUACCACUCAGGAAUAUAAGACACCGAAAAUUUCGGCUUCUCUUCAAGCCGUCCUUGCGCAGGCUAUGCAAACUGGCGAUGACAUUGAUAUUGUGGAAAAUCACACCAAUUCCAUACGCAGCCGCUUGGAGAGUAUAAUAAACGCAAGUGCUAAUGCUGCGGCGGCGGCUGCGGCUGCCAACAAUAGCAAUAUGAAUGGCCAUGCACCCACAACAAAUGGUGCCGGCGGUGGAUCCAUUGCAAAUAGCCGCAUAAAGUCUAGUCGCAUUGCCUCAGGUAUACCACCAGCAACAGCUGCUGCCAUCGACUCAAAUCGGCGGCCACCAACUGGCAGAACCCAAGCAAAGAAGCCUGUUUCUGCCUAUCCCAAAGCUCGAGGUCUAGUCACUAAAUGAAGCCACUUGAAGGAUCACUUGCAAUGAUGAUGAAAAAAUUUACAAAAUCGACCGAAUUGAAAUGAAAUUUAUCUCAAAUCAUAUUUUAUGUCUUUAUUAUAUACACUACGAAACACCGAAAAUCACACACACACACACAUACAAACUCUCUAAACACUUUAAUGACGUCUUAGUGCAAUAUGUUCAUAAUAUGAUCGAUUUUUUUGUUUAAUUCAAAAACUCAAUGUCGCUUUUAGCUUCUGCAUUGACAACAACAUGCCAAUAUGGAAUAUUUUCUAUACAUGUAGUUGUCUUUAACAAUUAGCAUUUUUUAUUAAUUAUAAGUUGAAAAUAGCCAAAACGUAUUUUUUAAUAUAUGUAUUUUUGUUUUUAUUAUUAUGUUGAUAUUAUUUUAAUUUAUUUCCUUUGUUUUGCACAAACUUUUAAACAGAAUAAAAGGAGACACCCAGAAAGAUA